UUUGAAUUUUGGAUUUUUGCACUUAAAUUUGCUCUUACAGAAAGAAAACGUUUUCCAAAUUUCUUGAGCUAAUGGCUUCUUGGGGACUGGGGAGCUCCACGCAAUGUGCUUGAGAAAUCAGUGUUCUUGUUCGUUUGUUUUAGUUUUGCUGCAAUGUGAUUUUUUCAAAUACGAAUUUAGGGUUAAGUUUGUAAAGAAAGAAUGCGAUUCUUCCAGUAUCAGAUUUAGGCCUGUAAAAAGUUAUUCAAACGAAUUUUAAGCAAAGUUAGAUCCAAAUAGUCGCUAAGCAAGUGGUACUUUGCAAAUCAAUGUUGGUCAAACAUGCCAAGCAUUAGAGCUCCAGCUGCGAAGAAAACCACGACCCUUACGGUUGCCGUAAAAUGUAGGCCGUUAACGGAGAGAGAACGGGGCCGUGACAUUGUCCGAGUGAUCGACAAUAAGGAGGUGGUUGUGUUGGAUCCCGACUUGUCGAAGGACUAUCUUGUUCGCAUACAGAAUCGAACAAAAGAAAAGAAAUAUUGUUUCGAUCACGCAUUUGGUCCUAACUGUACAAAUGUGGAUGUGUACAAAAAAUGUAUAUCCUCUAUAAUCGCGGGGGUUGUUCAAGGUUUGAACGCAACUGUAUUUGCAUAUGGUUCAACUGGAAGUGGUAAAACAUAUACAAUGGUUGGGACUCGAGAUGAUCCUGGACUCAUGGUUCUGAGUCUGCAUACAAUUUUUGAUCUAAUCAAAUCAAACAAGAGCUCUGAUGAAUUUGAAGUCACAUGCUCCUACCUUGAAGUCUACAAUGAAGUCAUCUAUGAUUUGCUCGAAAAAUCAUCUGGACAUUUGGAGCUUAGAGAGGAUCCUGAGCAGGGAAUAAUUGUUGCUGGGCUGAGAUGUAUCAAGGUUCACUCUGCUGAUAAGAUACUUGAACUUUUGAAUUUGGGGAAUGGUCGACGGAAAACAGAAAGCACAGAGGUUAAUGCAACUUCGUCACGAUCACAUGCAGUUCUGGAGAUUACUGUGAAAAGAAAACAGAGAAAUAAGUAUCGAAAUCAAGUCCUGCGAGGAAAACUUGCACUUGUAGAUCUUGCUGGCAGUGAACGUGCUUCUGAAACAAAUAGUGGGGGCCAAAAGCUAAGAGAUGGAGCUAAUAUCAACCGGUCACUUCUUGCUUUAGCAAACUGCAUAAAUGCACUGGGGAAACAACAAAAGAAGGGUCUUGCUUAUGUUCCUUACCGCAAUAGCAAAUUGACACGAAUACUUAAAGAUGGUCUGAGCGGCAAUUCUCAAACGGUCAUGGUUGCUACAGUAUCCCCUGCAGACAGUCAGUAUCAUCACACUGUGAAUACCUUGAAGUAUGCCGACCGGGCAAAGGAAAUAAAGACACACAUUCAGAAAAACAUUGGCACAGUGGAUACCCAUGUAUCAGACUACCAACGGAUGAUUGACAGUCUUCAGAUUGAGGUUUGCCGACUAAACAAAGAACUAGCUGCAAAGGAAUCACAGCUAAGUGUCAAACCUGUGGAAAAAGCUGCAGACAAUGAGCUGUCUUGGUUGAAUAUAUUGAGUCAUGAAAUCAGUGAAAAUGUUCAGGAGCGGAUAAACUUGCAGAAGGCAUUAUUUGAGCUUGAGGAAACUAACCUUCGUAACCGCACUGAACUCCAACAUCUUGAUGAUGCUAUUGCAAAACAACAGGCUAUUGGAACAGAUGGAGCAGUUGUGGAUGCUUUAAGAGCAAGGCGGCAAGUCAUUCUAGAUAACAUCCGUGACAAUGACGAAGCUGGUGUCAAUUACCAAAAGGAAAUUGAAGCAAAUGAGAGGCAUCGAUGCGAACUCCAAGAUAUGAUCGAGGAAGCCAUUAGUAACAAUGGCAACAAAACUUACUUGCGCAUUCUCAGUCAAUACAGGAUCCUGGGAAUGACCAAUACUGAGCUUCAAUUUGAAAUGGCAAUGAGGGAUCAAGUCAUCCACAACCAACGGGAAUCACUGAGAAACAUGUGGAACUUGCUCAUGGGAUUAGGACUUGAUGAGAGACAGAUAUUGGACCUUGCAGCCAAACAGGGAAUAACAAUUGAAGACUGGACGGUGGCACCAUUUCUUGGUCUUUCUGACAGGAAGCAGUCACCGAAUCCAGCUUCUGGCAGAUUGGAACCCCUCGAUUGUCCAUAUAUGGGGCAGUCGUUCUUGAAAACAUCUUGCGUCUUCCAGCACUGUCAAGACUUUGGUUCAAGAUCAUUUUCAAGGGAGCACUGGGAUUCAGCUUCUACUUUUUGCAGAGAGGAGCACCAUAGCUCAUACUACUUAAUGUCGCAUGAUCACUCCCCAUCAUCAUGUGUGAGGCUGAGGAGGAGUAGUGAGCAUUGGGUUGGUGGCAGGGCAAGUCCAUUUUUUGGCACUCCUAUGAAACAUCCUCAAAAUUUGCGACAUUCGUAUCCAGAGAUAAGAACUCAUUCUUCUCCUUAUGGGGAAGGCUGCAUGUCCUCUUCAUCGCACAGUGCUGAUUUUGGCAAUCAGCAUAAGGAUGCAUGGAAUACUACUAUGUGGCAGCAUUUAUACGAGAGUCCUCAUCUUCGAAUGAGUAGCAGCCAAGAGUUGUACAAAGGAAAAUUGAUGGGCCAUGGUGGGACAACUCAAGGUUUGUUUGGAUGCAGCCCACUCGAACAAGGCCCUGGUUUUCUCAGCUCAAAUCGUACUUUUCAAAAUCCGGAUACCUAAGGUCACCCUUCCAAUUUUGUAUAGCAGUAGUAUUCUUGAAUACUACACCUCCUUUUUUCCACUUCCCCUGCCCAUUUUUUCAUUUGUUUUCUGCUAAUGUACAUAAAUGUUGUAGACUUGUAGUGUUUGAGCAUGCUCGCUUUUUAAUAGGUUUUCUCAGAAUCUGCAGGUGAGCCUUUUUAAUUUCUUAUCUGAAGAAAAGGGGGAGAAAAAAAGGAUUCUGUAGGAAGGUUUUGGUGUGAAUAUAGUCCAGCACUAGGUAGUCGGUAGACUUUCUAACAUGUCGAUUUGCUUCCACGACAUUGUUCCGAUGCUGUGUCUGUAUAUAUUUGUGUACAUUUUUCGGCUACUUGGAUUAAUGAAGAAUAGCAAUUCAUAAUUCUACCAAUUUGAUGUUAGCCAUGAAUUUGGACUGAAAUUUUUUAGUCAGGUACUCUCCAAAGACAGGCAAGAGCAAUGCCACAUGAAUGGUGACACUCGCAAGUAUUAUGUUGGAUUUUUGGCUGUAUCAGAUUAUAAAUUAAUUCAAUCCCAUGAACAGAAAACUAAGAUGAUUAUUCCAAUU